UUUCUUCCCAGUUCAAAUACCGACCUGCACGCGCCCUGCACUGGAAGAGAAUGCAUUAAGAGUCAGGCAGGAAAGCCACAAGUUCAUUUGUAACCACUGAAACUUUUUCAACCAGCUACGAGGAAAGUUUUAACAGACAAAACAAUGGCUGGACUCAAGUACAUGAGCGGUUUUGGGAACGAGUUCUCUUCUGAAGACCCUCGCUGUCCUGGAUCUCUACCUGAGGGACAGAACAAUCCUCAGGUCUGUCCUUACGGCCUCUAUGCUGAGCAGCUCUCUGGCUCUGCCUUCACCUGCCCACGGCCAGCCAACAAGAGGAGCUGGUUGUACCGUGUCUUGCCGUCUGUCAAACAUAAGCCUUUUACCUCAGUGCCCUGUGGAAAUCUAACAGAGAACUGGAAUGAAGUGGACCCUGACCCUAACCAGCUGCGAUGGCUGCCAUUCACCAUCCCCAAAUCUACAGUGAAGAAAGUGGACUUUGUGGCUGGUCUGCAUACUGUCUGUGGCGCUGGAGAUGCCAAAUCUCGCAUUGGCAUUGGCAUCCACGUAUACACCUGCAACACCUCCAUGGUUGACAGGUGCUUCAACAACUCAGAUGGAGACUUUCUGAUUGUACCCCAGCAGGGUGAGAUCUUGAUCACCACAGAGUUUGGGAAAAUGAUGGUCGAGCCAAACGAGAUCUGUGUCAUCCAGCAAGGGAUGCGCUUCAGUGUGGAUGUUUUUGGAGAAACCAGAGGUUACAUACUGGAGGUGUAUGGAGCCCAUUUUGAACUCCCUGACCUGGGACCCAUAGGAGCCAAUGGUCUGGCCAACCCAAAAGAUUUCCUGUGUCCAGUUGCUUGGUACGAGGAUCACAAAGUGGCCACAGGUUACACCAUCAUCAACAAGUACCAAGGAAAGCUCUUCGCCUGCCAACAGGAUUUCUCUCCAUUCAAUGUGGUGGCUUGGCACGGAAACUACACACCUUACAAAUACAACCUGAAGAACUUCAUGGUUAUCAAUGGUGUGGCCUUCGACCAUGUGGAUCCAUCUAUCUUUACUGUGCUGACUGCCAAAUCCACCCGACCAGGUGUGGCCAUUGCUGACUUUGUCAUCUUCCCCCCUCGGUGGGGUGUGGCUGACCACACCUUCCGUCCACCGUACUAUCACCGUAACUGCAUGAGUGAAUUCAUGGGCCUGAUCAAAGGCCACUAUGAGGCUAAAGAGGAGGGCUUCCAACCAGGAGGGGCCAGCCUCCACAGCAUAAUGACCCCACACGGCCCAGACGCUGAAUGCUUUGAGAAGAACAGCACUGCUGAGCUCAAACCUGAGAGGGUGGCUGAGGGAACCAUGGCUUUCAUGUUUGAGUCAUCCUUCAGUAUGGCUGUGACCAAGUGGGGUCUACAAACAUGCCAGAGACUUGACAAGAGCUACUACCAGUGCUGGGAACCUCUUCGCAGCCACUUUAAUCCCAACUGGAAGCCCAGCAAACAAUAGCAAAACAGAGUAUAAACCAAAUAUGGUUGUUUAACAAACAUAAAAAACGUUGUUCAUUCAUUUUAUUAAAUGUAACUAACAAUCCA